GCCAAUUUCUCCAGACUUCUAAUUUAUCGACACUUUGUAGUCUGCUUUUAUGUUGACAGUGUUUAGAAAGCUCGUAAACCGAACAAUACUGUUCGGCCUAGAAUUACUACAUGUAUAACUAAAAUUUUAAUAUCUGAAAAAUGUCAAACAAAAAAAUUUUUGUUACUGUUGGCACUACGAAAUUUGAUAAUCUAAUCAAUACCAUCACCAGUGAUGAACUGUUAAAAGAACUAUGUAAAAAAGGAUACAAUCAGUUAAUUUUGCAAAUAGGCAAGACUGAUUUGAAACCUGAUUGUACUCCAAGAUUAGGUUUUAAUCACAUUGAAGCAUUUGAUUUGAGUCCAUCUCUAAAUGAGGCAAUGAAGUCUGCUGAUUUAGUCAUUAGUCAUGCGGGAGCUGGAAGUUGUUUGGAGGCUUUAGAAUUAUGCAAGCCAUUAAUUAUUGUCACAAAUGAUCUUCUUAUGAAUAAUCACCAAUCGGAACUUGCUGAACAGUUGUACAAGGAUGGGUAUCUGUAUUAUUCUAAUUGUAAAGAUUUAUGUGAACUCGUGCAAAAGAUGGAUUUAACAAAACUAAUACCAUUCAAAGACAAUAAAAGUCAGAAAAUUGCAAAUGUUAUAGAUGUAAUUAUGGGUUUUUCAUGAUUUACAGCUUACAUUUUUCAAUUUUUUAAGCGAGAGAAAUGUUAUUUAUUU